AAGAUGGAGGAGGGAUGCACAAGGCUAUAUAUAUAUGACGGAAGCCUGUGUUACCUAUCCGUUAUGCUACUGUAUUCUCCUCUCACUCCCCCUGGACCUGCUUUCUCAGCCUGCUCUGCUAUCGGUUCCACGCCGCCUUUCGCCAUCUGCCCACUCCACUUCAGCUUGACUAAACGCCACCUUUACGCCCUCAAACGGUCUUGCCCCUAGACGGCCUUGCUCCUAGAUGGCCCGCGAGUUCAGAACAUCUUCUCGUCGUCUCAUGAUGCUCGCGUUAUUUACGACCCAACGCAAAUGCAGAAUACCUGACCACCUGAUUGACGAAAGCCGAUGCAUGUCUCAUACCAAGAACAUAUUUGAACCACUCACCACCCCCCGUUUUGUCUCCCAUGGCUAUUUCCGCAUACACCCCUGCGCCACCAGCACCAACGACAUGUAUCUGCACGGCGCAGGUGCUCGGUCACAGCUGUUGGCGUCCCAGACCAUGGGACCCCCCCCUUUUUUUUAUCUCUUCUUCAGUCUGACGGCUAAUAAGCCGAGUAGAACCUCAAUCUGGGAUUUUCCAAUGCCGACUUCGCUUACUCCUACCGGGUUGAGGCGCCAGAGCUUGGUUGGCCGCGUCUGCAUAUCGAUUCUUGACACCCGAGGCCCGCGAUCUCAUAGGAAUGGGACUGAACGGGAUAUCUAGGCUACAUUGCGGCGGACAUGCCGCUUGUUCGGGCUUCUUCUGUGCCCGUCGUACAGGCUAGUCUCUCCGUUGAUUCUGUCCCAGCACUUUGCGGCUAUAUAUCCUCCUGUUCUCUGCAGCCACG